GAGUUGCUUUUUAAAAGGUUUGGACCUUCUCGACCACCUUACUCUAUGACCUUUUCCUUGUCACUGUGAAUUGUUUUUUUUGUUUUUUUUAAAUUUUAACUUUUAUUGUAACUUUUUUUGUUUUUAAAAAAAAUCUUCAUUACAGUUCUUCAUUUCUGCAGAAUUGUUUACACCAGUUGACCGUCUUUUCUGCUGUACAGUAACAUGUUUACCGCUACCGGCUCAGCGGGGCUAUAUAAAGCCCCCUUUUCUAAAAGCCUGCUGAUCAUCCCAAGUGCCCUAGCCUUUUUGUUAGCAGUGCCAUUCUCACAGUACAAGAGCCUUUUUAUGUAUAACCUACACACAAUCAAACAAGAAUUUCAGAUCUGGAGGUUAAUAUGCGGAAGGUGUAUUUGCCUGGACCUGACAGAUGCAUUCUGCAGUAGCCUCCUUAUCUACAAUUUCAGGAUUUUUGAAAGACGAUACGGCAGCAGGAAAUUUGCUUCAUUCUUAUUGUGCUCUUGGGUUUUCUCUGCCUUAUUCGACACCCUGCUUGUUGAAGCUCUGCACUACGCAUGUGAUGUGAAAGUUGAUGUCCUACCAUCGGGGCUUUUGGCUCCUGUUUUUGCUUUGUUUGUGCCGUUCUACUGCUCCAUUCCAAGGGUUCAGGUGACUCAGGUCCUUGGGCAGUUCGCAAUCACCAACAAGUCCUUAGUCUACUUGGUGGGUCUUCAGCUUUUAACGUCAAGCUCUUUCAUGUGGAUCAUUGCCCUUAGUGGACUGACUUCUGGCAUGCUUUACCACGAAAAUAUUUUUAAAACGCAACAUGUUAUUUUCAUCCCCAACUGGGUUGCCCGUUGUGGCUCUUACACCCUUGAGCCUCUCUUCUCCACCGCUGAGCCGACCCUUGAGUCUGCUGUUGGAAUGGGAGCCACACUGGACAUCCAACGGCAACAGAGAAUGGACCGGCUGGAUCAACAGGUGCUGCUUUCACAGCUCCCACAGAUGAGGAGGAAUACACAGCAGCAGGGAGGUCUUCUCAACUGGAAUAGGUUUUUCACUUCUCUGCGUCAGAGGCGGAACGGUAACCAUCAAGCUGAUCCACGGCCGGCCCAAAACAAUCCUGCCAAUCCCCCCCAAGUGUCAGAAGAGCAGGUGGCUAGACUUAUGGAGAUGGGCUUUUCUAGAGUGGAUGCUUUGGAAGCACUAAGAGCUUCAAAUAAUGACAUUAAUAUUGCUACUAACCUUCUACUUCAGCGCUGAGAGCUGUUUCACAAAUGUGGUCAACAUGGUCACACAGUGCAAGAAGGAAUAACGUCACAUACCAAGUGGAUGUUUUGAAGUUCCCUUAUAAAACACUGCUAGUUUGCAUUUUUAUUUACUUGAUAUGGGUGUUAAACAACCAGACAUUACUCUGUGGUUUCAGAAAAAGCUUUUUUUUUGGCCAAAAUGAAGGGCAGCACCUGGAUGGAUUUUAGUUGAUGAUUGCAAGAUCAUGUUUAAUUGUUAAAGGUGUACUCCAUGAAAAGUAUAGGUGAUAUUCUAUUGCAUAUUUAAUUGAAGGAGGUUUUUUUUUUUUUUUUUAAUAAAGAAGUCUGGCAAGUUCUUAUAAAUUACUAGGAGUCUUACAAUGAAUGCAGUUGUGCUGGUAAAUGUUUUAUCAUGUCAAAUACAGUGAACUUAGGAUUUCCUUUAUAACCCCUAAUUAUUGAAUUGGUGUUUAACUUUAGAGUCUUAUGAACAGAACCCUUUAAAUACAUUGUAUUUGUAUAUGUCUACCGGUACUUAAUUUGUAGGAAAAAAACAAAAUGGAUCCUAGGGUAAUGGUGAUCAAGCCAUUUAAAUAAUAUCUCAGUUUUCUCAUCAGCAUGCACUUCAAGUUAUGAAGCUGCACCGGAAAAUGUGUUCCAACCCCGCAAACUAAGGUUUUGUUCAUAGAAGAACAUCUAUGUUAUUAUGAUGUUUCCAGUUUGUUCAUGAAUGAUCUUGCACACCACAAUAUAAAGCACACACAUGGAAUGUAUGAAUACAGUAUAUGGCAAUUGGUCUCUAAUCUAGCCAGCACUCACUCACAGGCAAGGUUCGGUUAAUUAAAAAGUAAGCAGCUGUUUUUGUAAUUCCCCUUUUGUAAGUUAAGCACUUUGCUGCAAAUGAUUUUAAAUGCUUUAAUAAAACCUACCUCACUGACUGUU